AUGCCUAGAUCAGUGGUUCCCAACUUCGAGAAGACGCUCAGCAACGAUGAGGAAGACGAAGAACCAGGUUCCCGGAAUCUACGCUACAUCGCAAGGACUAUCCCGACCAACACUCCGUUCUUCAAGUAUUCGGGCCCGACAACGAGAGGACCCCCCGGAGAAGCACCCUCCGUUUCCGAGAAAGACGCCUUCAGCAGCUUCCUGGCCACACAGGUGACCAGAAGCGUCACGGAGCUGCCCUCCGCGGCAGCCAAGACCCCAGAAGAGUUCGACGGCGGGUCACACGAGGACCAAGACCACGAAUACCAAGACGCAAGUGAAUUCCGCACGCCAGGCGGUCCAGAUCACAACACCGCAACCCGAGACUCCCACGGCCCAGACCACUACGGUUGUCUCGAAGCUGAACCCAUCAAAGACAGCCAGGACCGCCUCUGGACCGAGAUCGACGCGCUUGACGACGUGAAGCGCCUGGCAAACGACGUGAACCUGUAUGAGGAAUUCCCGCCAGACUUCGAACAAGAACUGACCAAGAUCAGGGCCUCUCAUGCCCAUCUUCUGAAAGCAAUGAGGGACAGAAAGGCCAGAGUAGAGGAAGAAAGACGACAUCAAAUCACUACCAAGACAGACUCGCGCGCCAACAUCGCCGGCGAGACAACUACAGCGACCGCCGGCACGGCAGGCAACACUUCUGGUCGCAUUAAUCAAGACUACAUGGGGGCCACGGUCAAAGCCGAUGAAGACAAGUACGUCCAAGAGAUGAUAGAGAACAUCAAGUCUAUGACUAAAUAA